CUUUCGUAAAUAGCAUAGAAAUUCAAAAUAAAAAGCAUAAAUCGUUGCCAAUUCAAAUCGAAGAAUAUUAUAUGAUAAGUCACAAUGUGAGAUGCAAGUAUAACACUGUCAAGUAUAGUUUGUGGCUCACUCUGCAGUAUUUUUGUCCAAUGUCAAUUUUAACCUACAUAUAUAUACAUAUAUAUGUGGUAUGUACACCAGUGGAUGUGUGUUUGUGUGUGCGUGUGCGGGUUAGUCUGUUUCGCUAUUUUGCUUAAGUUGAGGAAAAGUUCUUGAUAUCAAAAAUAAAAUGUUCUGUACAGUGAAUAUUUUGAUUAUAAAUAUUUAUAACUAAAAAAAUACUUGAUAGCAAAAGAAAUAUGUAGGUCAAUAGAAGAAUAACUGAUUUUACUUUAAAAAAAAAUGUUUUUAAAACUAUUAGGAAUCGUAGGAAAAUAUGUCAAAAGCUAAUACAAAGCAAUUUCUGCAAAAUGAUAGUAAAGAAAGUUUAGACAUGAAACAUAUACAUUGGAACUAUCCAGAGCAAUCAGUAAUUACUCCUAAAUCACCAGAUAGGAUUUGUUCCUUCCCGAUUGAUGACCUCAAAAUAAUACGAACUCAACAAAAUGAAAAUGGAACUUUAACUCACAGCGUUGAAGUCCAAACAGACAAAUCAACGCUUUCUUUAUCAAAACAUAAUAAAAGAUCUGAUGAUAACAGUGCUACAAAGUUAAAUGUUCGUUCAAAUAUUAGAAAUGAACUUACUGAUAGAAAAAAUACUCAACAUGAUUCUGAUCCAAAAAAUUAUCAAGUUAAUGAAUUUGAAUGUAUUCAACUGAAAAAAACAGGAUUUAAUUAUGAGCAUGACAAAUUAGAAGUUAAAUCAAUAGCCUAUAUGAAUACUCCAGAAAUAUUUGACGAAUCUGAUAUGGAUCAACCAAUGGAUUUUACUCUUUGUUACAAUGAAACUGAUGUAGAAGAAGCUAGAAAAACCAGUCCUUAUUUAUCUAAAACUGAUCGUACAGUUCAUGCAGAUAAAGUAGAAACAGGGAAAUCAAAAGUUCUCUUUAGUAAAGAAACUACAAAAUAUAGGAAAGAAAUGUUUUCUAAUCCCAGUAAAAGCUUUAAAGAGAUAUUUAAUUUUUUUAAAGAUCGUGAUAAAAAAAAAUCAAAUGAAAGUGCAAAAACUUCAGAUAAUGAAGCAUCAAAAAAGAUACCAAAACCAUCAAUCGUUCAAGAACAGAGAGUUGAAAAAUCUCAACAAGUAGUAGAUCAAUGUGAGAAAGAAGUAAAGUCUAGAGCUGAAACAUCUUGUUCACAAGAAACGCCUGUGAUGUUUUCUCGAUGUAGUUCAUUGAGUUCACUGAGUGAUAUAGAACAUAUUUCUGUUAACGAUGAUCGUAGCUUAAUAUUGAGUGAUUUUAGUAGGAAAACUAGUGGUGUGGUAUCACCCAAUGAGCUACCAGAUUCUCCAGCACAAUCUAUUGCAUCCAAUACAAAACCACAUCAAAAAACUCAUAUUGGUUGUUUUGGAAAAAAGAAAACUCAAACAUCACCACUAUCAAAAGUUGCCUCAGAACACUUAGCUAAUAAUUCUAAUCUCUUACAAGAAAUCAACUUUAAAAAACCUGCUCUAAGUAGAUAUAGUGUCUUUGAAGAUCAUCUUACACCAUUCAAAGAUGAAUCGACACCAACAAAACUUCAUUCAAUGGCAGCUAGCAGUUUAAGUUCAUUAACAAUUGAUGAUGAUGAUGAUGAUGAAGAUUUCAUGCAUAAAAUUAUUUUAAAUAAAGAGAAAGAUGUUAAUCAUGAAAAAUUUGAUAUGACUGUUAAGAGGCAGGUACCCAGUGAAGAGUCAAAUAAUUUAACGGAUUCUUCCCUAAAAUCUGAAACAACUAAUACACCUUAUCCAGAACAUAAACAAAAUGUCAGUGAAGAUGAAGAGGAUGACGAACUAACUGAUCUUACUCCUUAUGAGGAGCAAUUACUAGAUCAAUGUAUUCGUUGUGGAAUAGCUAAAUGGACCAAGCAAAAUUUGAAUGAAAUAAACCCUUUUAGAUGGGAUGUGGGAUUUUCUUGUAGAGCAACAAAAGCAAUCAUGACUUCUAAAAUAAGAAAUAAUUUAUAUGUGGAUUUUGAGAACAAUUUUGAUAACAAUGAGAAUAUUUUCAUUAAUCAAGAAUUUUUGUGUGAUAAAUUAGCAUUUAAUAGAUAUGAAGACAAUACUGAAGAUGAUAAUUAUCAAAUACACAUAAAUAAAAAUUUUAAUAAAAAUAAAACUCCUAAUCCAAUAGAAAACAAGUUGAUCAAAUACCCUUACUAUGAAGCUUAUCAGGAAUACCUUUUAGAUCAGUGCAUCAGAAAAGGAAGAGCCAAAAUUACUAAAAAAAAUAUCAAUGAUAUAAGACCAUUCAGCUGGGACAUCAAUCAAAUUUGUUUAACAACAAGAGCUAUGGGAUUUUCUAAUUGCUCUGAAAAUCUUUGCUAUGGUUAUUGAAAUGUAUUAAAGUAUGCUUUAAUACGCUGUUAUAUUAUGCCUGGCCUUAUAAAUGUGACCUGCCUUAAAGAAUUUGUGAUAUCAGGUAGUGCAAGGUGUUACUAAAAAAACUAGCUUUUUUAUUAAUUUUUAUUCUAUACUUGUGUAACUUCUUUUAAAAAUAAUGUGAUACUUAAAAAUCAAAAAGACUAAUUGUUGUUCGUAUAUAUCAAAAAAAUUAUUUUUUAAGCAAUAAAAAUUAUUGCAAUUAUGUUGAAAAAAAUUGUUUGUAUAAGAAAAAUUCGUUUUUAUUGAAUAAACAAGUAAAUUACAUAAUUAUAUUACAUAUUAAUUCAUACAUCAUUUUUACAUUGGUAUUAAUUGACAAUGUUUAUAAUUCUCAUCUCAAAGUCACAACUUUUCUCUUAUUAAAAUACAUAAAUUUACUUUUAUUUUACCUAUCUCUCAUUAAUAGGUGUACAAUUACCAUUCACACUUGUUUAAGCUAUGCAAACAACCAUAGAAUUAAGAUUAUUUACAAAUUAAAACUGGGAUGUGUAAAGUACAUGAUCUUUUUUUCACUCCCAUAAUCAUGCUUUGCUCAUAUGAAAGUCACUAUUUUUUAGCAUUUUUAUUUUAUAUAAAUGAAUUUAUGACAAGAAUUUAAAUAUUUUCACAUUAAAAGUAAGAUUAAUUUCAGACCUUAUUAUAAAUCUUAUGUAAUUUCUAUUUUUAUUAUACUAACAAAUUUAUGAAAAAUACAAUCGACUAGUUUUAAUAAAAGAAGUCGACACAUUAUAAUCAAUAUCACACUGUAAAA